UGACAAGACCGGUACCUUGACUCAAAAUCGGAUGGCUAUUACCAACGUUCACAUAGAUCAAGUCUCGUACAACCAAGGUGAAUGUCGCCAGGCCCAACUCGAGAAAUCUCCAGGUUUUACUCAGCUGGUUUCCGUCGGACGUCUUUGCAAUGCCGCCUCUUUUGAUCCGAGUACGAUGAGUCUCUCGAUUUCCGAUCGACUAGUACUGGGCGACGGCACCGAUGCGGCUGUUCUUCGAUUCGUCACCGAAUACGCCGUCGACGAAACGGAAAUUGAAAAUUUUACCAAGAUUGCAGAGAUACCGUUCAAUUCGAAAAACAAGUGGAUGUUACGCAUCAUGAGACCCAAGAAUAUUGAUAACGUGUAUAAAACCCUUUGUCCUAUAUUGAUGAUCAAAGGUGCACCAGACGUGCUGUUCAGGAAUUGUACGCGAAUUAUCGACGCCGACGGCAACGAGAAACCUUUCGGUCUAUUGGAGAGACAGACCUUGGCCAAGGUACAGGAAGAGUGGAGUUCUUCUGGUCGACGUGUCAUUGCCCUUUGUUACCGCAUCAUCAAGAACGAAAGCGAGAUUCCUAAAGACACUGCUAGCUUGGAAGAAGUUGAAAAGCUCGCGUACAAUUUGACG